AUGGCCCCUCACGUUCCUGCACCUGGCGUCUGGUGCCCCGCAAUAACCUUCUUCAACCACGAAACAGACACAAUCGACAUUGAAGCCCAAAAGAAAUACUUCACCUACCUCGCAGGCACUGGACUAACAGGCCUCGUCCUCCAAGGCACGAACUCCGAAGCCUUUCUCCUCACGCGCGAUGAACGAAAACUCCUCAUCAAAACGGCCCGGGAGGCCGUAGGGCCAAACUUCCCCCUCAUGGCGGGCGCAGGCGCACACUCAACCAAGCAGACGCUGGAACUAAUCCAGGACGCGGCGGAGGCAGGCGCAGACUACGCCCUCGUCCUCCCAGCAGCGUACUUCGGGAAAGCCACUACGCCGAGCGUGAUCAAGCGGUUCUUCAGCGAGAUCGCGCGCAAGUCACCGUUGCCGAUAGUGAUAUACAAUUUCCCUGGCGUCUGCAACGGGGUAGAUCUUGACUCGGAGAUAAUCACGUCCAUCGUUCGGGAAUCCGCAUCCUCGAGACCGGACGGUAUUUCUAACGUCGUUGGCGUGAAACUCACCUGUGCUUCUGUCGGGAAGAUCACGCGGUUAGCCGCUACAUUCCCCAAGACCGAGUUCAUGGUAUACGGGGGCCAGGCUGAUUUUCUGAUCGGCGGUCUUGCGGCUGGUUCGGCGGGGUGCAUUGGUGCCUUCGCUAAUGUAUUCCCCAAGACGACGGCGAGGAUUUAUCAACUCUACACGUCGGGGAAUGUGACGGAGGCGAUGGAACUGCAUCGCAAGGCUGCGUUGGCAGAAAGUCCGUGCAAGUCUGGCAUUGCGGGGACCAAAUAUGCUGUUGCGGUGUAUUCGGCCAAGUUGGCGGGGAUUGAGGGGGCGGAGGAGAAGUUGAAGCCCCGGGCGCCGUAUGAGGAGCCUGGGGAGGGGGUGAAAAAGGCUGUGCGUGAGGUUAUGGCCGAGGUUGGUCAGAUUGAGAAGACGCUGUAG